UUUCCUUUUCCUCCCUUUCUCAGCCUCAUCCCGAGCACCGGAAGGUGCAGGGGCAAAGCCACGUACUGGGUUAGAGGCCCAGCCACUCUGCCCCUCUAGUGUGUGGCCACGAGGGCGUCGAUUUCUCCCUGGACCCCACCCAUUAAACCCGUUACAGGGUCCUCGACUCUGGUUGCAGAGCCUUUCUUGGUUGGGAAGCCACAGCCCAGCCUCCCGAUGCAGCCUGAAUCCAGCCGGUGUCAAGAGGAAACUCCUUCCCUCCUGUGGGGUUUGGAUCCUGUGUUUCUAGCCUUUGCAAAACUCUACAUCAGGGAUAUCCUGGACUUGAGGGAGUCUAGCCAGGUGCCAGGUAUAUUUUUUUACAAUGGGCACCCAAUAAAACAGGUGGAUAUCUUGGGAACUGUAAUUGGAGUGAGAGAAAGAGAUGCUUUCUACAGUUAUGGAGUGGAUGAUAGCACUGGAGUGAUAAACUGCAUCUGCUGGAAAAAGUUGAGCAAUACCGAGUCCUCAUCAGCUGCUCCAAGUGCAAGAGAACUGAGCCUAACCUCACAGCUUAAGAAGCUGCAAGAGACCAUUGCGCAGAGAGCAAAGAUAGAAAUUGGGGACAUCAUCCGGAUCAGAGGUCAGAUCCGCACGUACAGGGAAGAGCGAGAAGUUCAUGCCACUGCUUAUUAUAAAGUGGAUGACCCGGUGUGCAACAUUCAGAUCGCAAGGAUGCUUGAGCUGCCCACUAUCUACAGAAAGAUUUAUGACCAGCCUUUCCGCAGCCCAGCCCUAGAGAAAGAAGAGGCACUGAGCAGCAAUCCAGGCACCCUGGACCUUGACAGUCUCACAUGUCUGCUGAGUGAAAAAGUCAAAGAAUUCCUUGUGGAGAACAGAGUGCAAACCUUUUACCAGCAGGAGUUGGAAACGGUGGAGUCCCUGCUGUCCCUUGCUAACCAGCCUGUAAUUCAUAGCACCCACUCCGGGCAAGUGGAUUUUAAGAAUGACACCACUUCCAAGGCAAUUCAUAGUAUAUUUAGGAAUGCUGUAAAGCUGCUGCAGGAAAAAGGACUCGUUUUCCAGAAAGAUGGUGGUUUUGAUAACCUAUUCUAUGUAACCAGAGAAGACAAAGGAUUACACAGGAAGAUCCACCAGAUCAUUCAAGAAGACUGCCAGAAACCAAAUCAUGUGGAGAAAGGCUGUCACUUCCUGCACAUCUUGGCCUGUGCUCAGCUGAGCCUCAAUCCAGGCCUGAGUGAAGCUGUGCUGCGGCAGGUGCUGGAGCUCCUGGAGGACCAGAGUGACAUCAUCAGCACCACCGAGAACUACUACACAGCAUUCUGAGGAGAGGCCGGCAGGCCGCACGGGCAGAGCUGGCGAGGAGAAGGACCAGGUGGUGCUCACGCCCAGGCUGCGACUUUCACGUCAUGCAGAGGCUUCUAGGUCUGGGGGCAGUUAGCUCAUAAAAAACGAUAAACUAUGGUAACUCGAGGAAUGGAAUUUGGCAUAAAUUCUGAAGGCUGUCUUCUACCUGCUGUAUCCUGAGAUGAAAUGACUUACCUCAGCCACGACAUACAAGAAAACCGUCCUGGUUGACCUCCUGGCUGGACCCAGCAUCACUCACGGAGCAAAAGGGGAAGAAACAGUGUUGGUGGCUGAACUGAUUGGAGGCUCUGUUGUGGUCAAGGGGCAUCCUGUGGAAGAGGCCCAUGUGCUGCGGGAACUGAAGAGCAUACAGGUCACCGGACCAGACACUUUUUAAAACGUCAGACUGUCUUCUUGUGGGCCUCUCUUAAUGGUUAAGAACCAGUGUAGGGGACUAGUUCUCCCUGAAUGAGUGUUGCUGACCUAUAGUUCCUGUGGGUCAAACACCAGUGAUGGGUCCAGAGUCUUGGGCUGAAUUCUCUUUAUAGACUGACCCAUGGUUGGGAAUAAACAGAACCUAAGGCAUG